UUGCAAAAUUAUUAAUAUAUUAUAUCAAUAUAAAAUGUCUUUAAUAUUGGAAGAUAAAACAGAAAAUGAAGUUAUGUCCAGUGAAACAGAAUUUGAACAGGACUAUUCUUAUACUUCAAAUGAAAAAUAUUUCUCUUCUAGUGACUCAACGAUAACAAGAGAAUCUUGCAUUUUUAAACCAUUUAAAUGUUCCUGUUAUGAACAUCUGCAAUCAAGAAAACUCACGUGCAAUAAAGUAUUAGCACUCAUUUGGGCACUAACCAGUGUUUUAAAGUACCGUCCAGUAGAUCCAAUAUAUUAUAUAUCGUAUCAACUAUUACAUUGGAGAUAUAAUAAUGUUCCAAAAAAAUAUAUAAAAGAUGUUGUAGAUUAUAUGAAUUCGCAAUCAUAA